AUGAAUUUAAACACUACAAAUACAACCCCACUAAAAUAUUGUGAUUGGCGCGUAGAAAUUUACGACUGCCACAACUCUCAAUUAUGGCUUGCAGAGGUAAUCUUCUCGACGAUUACGUACGGAUUGUUAGCGAUAUCGGGUGGAUUUAUUUUCUGGUGUCGAUUUAAAUACGUGUGGCAAGGAUUAUUUGUAGAUCACGGAGGCGGAAUACGUCCAUUACCGCGUGAAAUGGGUCAGGAAUUAGCCUGGACUUUUUUAAGUUAUGGCGCUGUUACUUAUCUCAUCGGAAUAAUAUAUACAAUCCCUGUAAAUUACACGCGCGGUACAUCCGCGCUAGUUUCAGUGCAAACCAACAACGGAGGUGCAAAUAAUAAUAGCAACUCUGCAUAUAGUUUUACAACACAUGAAUUAUUUCUUCCGACACCAGGUCAACUCAACAUAUGUCUAUUAGUCGGGUGUCUAUGGCCAUCGCUAAUCGCACUACCAUGUGCGAUACUCUCUGGUCUAUCGAGGGAUCGCGGGGACAUCGUCACCGCGGAUAGAUUUAGCACUGUACAAUACAUCGCUGACUUUCUUUUUGAUAUUGCAUUUUCGUUAGUCACCGCAUACUACGGCAUAAAUUUCAUGUUAAUUCUCCGAGGGUCACUACGGCAAUCCGAAAAUAAAACGGGCGCUUCGUUCUUUAAGCAAAAUAGCAGUUCGACACGAAAAGCUUUUCAUCGUCUGAAAUACACGAUGACCUAUUUGUGUUACAUCUCGGGUAUGACGGGGCCAUGUUGGCUCAUCUGGGGAAUUGCGCAUGAAAGCAUCGUCGCCUCAAUAAAUAAUGUUAAUCUUUUCUAUUCGGUAAUGUGGUAUAUUACCGGACCACAACCAAUGAUUGCCGUAUGUCAGUAUGUGUUUGCGAAGCGCAUCUAUCAACAAUACAGACGAGCUAGUACAUCGUUGGAAAGUGGUACUGGUGCAGGUGAUACAAGUGGCCCUAGGUCACCACUAUCACCAAAAUCACCUAAACCGGCUUUUCUUAAACAUUCCAAUGGUCAUGUAAAUGAUAAUCUUAAUCAAUGGGAAUUAAUGUCGUUACCUCAAUUUGAAGGGGAGAAUAAUGCACUUUCGUAA